UUUUUUGAUAUUUGUCUUAGUAGCAAACAGCCUGGACACACUGACUAUCUGCGUUCUCUCUCUUCCUUCUCUCUCUAAAGAGAAGACAGACUCUCUACCAGCAAUGCGGAUUCAUGAAAGUGGAGCGUAGUCCACACUCACUCUAUCUUUCUCUCUCUCUCUCUUUCUCUCUCGUUUUAAACCUUAGAAAUGGAAUCCCCAUUGCCUGAAUUUCAUGAUAAUGUUAAUGUUCAGCCACCAUUAAAACGGCGGCGGUGGUGGUUUUGUGGGAUGGAGCACCGCCGACUAGUGUUGCUAGUUGUUUUCUUGGUUAUUGUCGAAAUGUUGCCUGCCGGAAAAUCAGAUCUGGCGGCCGACAGGACGGCGCUUCUUGGGUUGCGGAAGGUGGUGAGUGGCCGGACUUUGCUGUGGAAUGUGAGUCAGGAUAGCCCCUGCCUAUGGGCAGGAGUUAAGUGCGAGAAAAACAGGGUGGUGGGCCUCCGUCUCCCAGGCUGCUCCCUGACGGGGAAAAUUCCAGCUGGGAUUAUCGGGAACCUGACUGAACUCCGCGUUCUCAGUCUCCGGAUGAACGCCUUGGAGGGACCUCUGCCGUCGGAUCUUGGCUCCUGUGCCGAUCUUCGGAAUCUUUACUUGUUUGGGAAUGCAUUUUCCGGCGAGAUCCCGGCGUCUUUGUUCGGUCUUACCAAAAUUGUUCGCCUGAACCUGGCCGCGAACAACUUAUCCGGCGAGAUCUCGACGGACUUUAACAAGCUCACUCGGUUGAAGACGCUGUAUCUGCAGGAGAAUAUCCUCAGUGGCUCAAUCCCCGAUUUGACCCUAAAGCUUGAUCAGUUCAAUGUGUCCUUCAAUCUAUUAAAGGGUGAGGUUCCGGCGGCUCUGCGUUCAAUGCCGGCAUCGGCAUUUUUAGGAAACUCUAUGUGCGGUACGCCGCUAAAAUCUUGCUCCGGCGGCAAUGACAUUAUCGUCCCUAAGAAUGACAAGAAGCAUAAGUUAUCCGGUGGUGCCAUUGCCGGAAUUGUGAUCGGAUCGGUGGUGGGUUUUGUUUUAAUUUUGAUAAUUUUGUUUGUUUUGUGCGGAAAGAAGAGGGGAAAGAAGACGAGUGCGGUGGAUGUGGCGGCAGUGAAGCAUUCGGAAGUUGAGAUUCAGGGCGAGAAACCAAUCGGAGAGGUAGAAAACGGAAAUGGGUAUUCGGUAGCUGCGGCUGCCGCGGCGGCAAUGACCGGAAAUGGAAAUGCAAAGGGAGAUAUGAGCAAUGGCGGGGCUAAAAGACUGGUGUUUUUCGGGAAUGCAGCGAGGGUGUUUGAUUUGGAGGAUUUGUUGAGAGCAUCGGCAGAGGUGUUGGGGAAGGGGACAUUUGGGACGGCAUACAAAGCCAUUUUGGAGAUGGGGACAGUGGUGGCUGUGAAGAGGCUCAAGGACGUGACAAUUUCAGAGAAUGAAUUCAGGGAGAAGAUUGAAGGGGUUGGAGCCAUGGAUCAUGAACAUUUGGUCCCCCUUCGGGCUUACUAUUAUAGCAGGGAUGAGAAGCUUCUUGUGUACGAUUACAUGCCCAUGGGAAGCUUGUCUGCACUACUCCAUGGAAACAAAGGAGCAGGUAGGACUCCAUUGAAUUGGGAAAUCAGAUCAGGGAUUGCUCUUGGAGCUGCUCGUGGUAUUGAAUACCUACACUCUCAAGGUCCUAGUGUCUCUCAUGGAAACAUUAAAUCAUCAAAUAUCCUCCUCACCAAGUCUUAUGAUGCCCGGGUCUCUGAUUUUGGCCUGGCUCAUCUUGUUGGGCCCUCCUCCACACCUAACAGGGUUGCUGGCUACCGUGCCCCAGAGGUCACCGACCCUCGCAAGGUCUCUCAAAAGGCUGAUGUUUAUAGCUUUGGUGUGUUGAUCUUGGAGCUUCUGACAGGUAAGGCCCCCACCCAUGCCAUCUUGAAUGAGGAAGGGGUUGACCUCCCAAGAUGGGUGCAGUCCAUAGUCCGUGAGGAGUGGACUUCAGAGGUCUUUGAUCUCGAGCUCCUCAGGUACCAGAAUGUUGAGGAGGAGAUGGUUCAGCUCUUACAACUUGCCAUAGACUGCACUGCUCAGUACCCUGACAAGCGCCCGCCAAUAUCUGAAGUAACAAAGCGGAUUGAGGAGCUUUGUCGCUCUAGUCUGCGAGAAUAUCAAGACCCACAACCCGACCCAGUCAAUGAUGUGGAUGAUUUGUCUUCUCGGUGAGCUGGUCACCGACACAGUCUUUCUCCUCAUCAAUUAAAGGACCAUUCUCAUUUUAUUGUGCCCAUCCCAGCAUGUGAAAUCUGGUGUUUUUGUUGUUUGUUUACUCUGGGCCUCAUCUUUAUUAACAUACAACUGUUCAUGUCCUAUCUCCCCUUUUUCCUUUUCCCCCAUUAUUCUCUAUUUAGUAGCCCUUCCUUUUUUCCUUUUUUUUUUUUUUUCUGUUUCUCUUUUGUUAUUUAUCUUCAAUACUUUGGGGGCGAAUCUCUGCUCCAUUUGUUGUUGUUGGGUGGAUGAUGGUUGAUGUAAUUAUUACCUUCGCUUUUGCUUU